AUGGGCGAUAUUCAACAAAUUCGAGAUGCAUUUGGCUUUGCCAAUGAAUUUCUAAACCCGGUACUUGAUCGAGAGCAAAUUAAAAAGACCCAAGGAGCUUCAUUGAUCAGUAUUCUGAGCCAGGCAUCCGGUGAUGAUGUCGCUAGUGAUGAUAUGUCGAGGCCGGCCAUCAUCAGGAGGGCCUUGGAUAUAUUGGUCGGUAUCCAUGAAUCCUUCGCUGCAUCCGAAGGCGCAGAUCCAUUUCAACAGCUAGCUCCAGACGGCGAAGAUAUGGCGAUGGAGGAUGCCAAGCGACGCCGGAUGCUACAUGCUCUGCUAGACUUGAUCUCUCUCGAAGGAAUAUAUCCCUCGCUCUCAUCUGGCGUUGGGAUUCCCCUCCAGCAACGAGUGAUGUCAGUUCUACCUGCAGGAGUCAUUGCAAAACAAGCAGAAACCAUUGCUAGCAGUGUACCUCGCAACGAAACUCUCCUUCGCCAGAUCAUAGAUAUCUUACUAGACGUCAUCUUUGAUCCAAGGCUGAGCAUUCAGCCUGUCAUUCGCGGUCGUAUCCUCAGCGACAUACUUAGCGGCACAUCAGAUCUUGCCUAUAAUCCACAUACUACGCCACUAUAUGACAGGAGUAUCUAUCAGAAUGCAUUGUCAAAGAUCGUCGCAGGCACUCCUACCACAGUCUUGCUACCGACACUGUCUAACUUCCUUCAAUCUGACAUUGUGCAGUGGUUCAAGUCAACUAUUUCCGGCCACAUUUCGCACAUUCCAUUACGACCUGGAGGUGUAGUACAAACUAUCAUGUUUAUUGCCUCGCAAUUCGCUCCAUCGUUGGGCCAAGAGGCCCAGGACCAAUCCAGCGGGCCUCAUUUGACAGUGCAAGCCAUCAUGCAAAUUUCACGGCUUCUCUCCUCUGUGCCACAAGAUGUUGAUCCAGUUGUGUAUUUUGGGAAGAUAGCCCCGCAACUGCUUGCCUUGAUAGACGGCGAGGAUCCAGAUUUGCGAACGACCGCAUCCUAUGUUGUUGGCAAUGGGAUUUUGGGGAAGCGGGCCUAUGGAGCACCUGGUACUAUUGGCCAUUCCAUAUUCGUGGAGCCGAUCUUUAAAGCACUAACGGGAGAACUUGAUGCCAAUUCCAAGCAAUGGAUGGCCCGUUUCUCCGAUGUUGGGGGCUCUAUGCCAGACUUUGAAGAUGUGAACCCCAGCUCAAUCAUCGUGGCUGAUGGAGCAAUAGUCAGCCUUGCUAUUAACCGAAUCAGAUGCUUGACAUUACAGCAUCCAAACCCAGGCUUGGUCAAAAGACUCGUUUAUCCUAUCCUUCUUCCAUUGUGGGGACUCGCUUGUGCCUCCCAGGAAGAGCAAAUUCUCCCCCUCCAUGAGCGGGUGCUACCUCUUUUACAAACAUACUUCGGUAUCUCCGUAGGAGUUCAACCACUCAAAAAGAUUGUCGACAAUCUUCUAUGGGAUGGUGGCGUGACGUGGACAUACGGCAAAGACGGCGACAACGAAUUAGCUUUGAAGAAACGAGCAGAAGAGCUUAACAACCAUUCGAAUUUCAUUAAGUUGAUUGAUUCGUUGCAAACACGCGCUGAGCUGUUUGUCAGUCUGCUUGGCUCAGACCCAAGCAGCGAAGAGAGAACCGGGGACAUCUUUCUCUAUGUUAGUGAGAAAUGGCUUGUGCAGCCGCAACAAUCGGCGCGAUCCCAAGAGACCUUGGUCGGAGGACCCAUCGGUGACAGCGAUAACCUCAUUGGAAACCUUGUCAGUGCUAAGGUUGCUGAGAAAUUGCUUGAGAACUUUAAAGAAACGCUGUCUCGGCGCCCACUUCGGGUGUUGGAGCUGAUCAAACAGGUUUUUGAUGGAGAGCUUCAUAAACUCAAAGCACAAGAAGCGUCCAUACAAAAAGCAAAAGCCGGGGGUAUGUCUUUGUCCAAUUUGGCAAACAUAGCAGACAGCGGAAACAAAGAGAACACCGAUUCUUCAGAUAAUGCCUCCUUUGAAUCAUUGACAACAGCAUUCAGUUUGCUAUCUACUGUCAUUGCAUCGCCAGACUUCUCACCAUCUGACAAUAUGUUGCCCCUCUUGGAAUCCCUAAAAGGAGGCAUUGACCAAAUCAUCCCUCUACUUCCAUCCUCUCUCUCUAAACCUGGCAUGACAUCGUCUAUGCUUUUGGAAAUCCAUAUCACAUCACCAGAGUCUACCGGUAUCAAGCCAACACCUGCCCACAUAUCAGAUCUCGAAACCCAUCGUCAAGCUUUGGCGAACCUCAACUCGAAUUUACCACCAGUCCAAGCAGAGGGAUUGUCCCUUCUAUCUAAACUUAUCAUGGAUGCAUCCCCCGUUUUAGACGUACCAUCGUCCAUGUCGAUCCUUCUAGCUGUCAUCACUGACACGUCUGGGGAGGCUGCACCUGAACAAUACAUUUACUUGAACGCUAUCAAGAUCAUUGGUACAUUGGCGGCACGCCACCCUCGCACGGUAAUCAAGACCUUGAUCGAUACCUAUGCCGAUAGAUCAGAGAUUACGAAACUUGACGAGCGACUCAAGGUUGGCGAGGCUUUGUUACGAACAAUUCAAGACUUGGGCGAGGCACUUUCUGGAGAGACGGCCAAGAUUCUUGGAGAAGGCCUUAUUGCCGUGGCAGGUCGUCGCCAGAAAAAGCCUGAAGCACUGAAGAAACGAGAACAGCAGCUUAAGAAAGAGCGCAGCAAGAAGGAACGCGAAGAGCGCAAGGCAAAGGAAGAUGCCCUUCCUCCUGGCUGGUCCAUGUCUUCGGCUAUCAACAAGGCCGCCACCGAACUGAACCUUGUGGAAGAGGAUUCAGACACUGAAUCCCCCGAGCAAGCUGUUCACGCCGCAAAUGUCGUUGCUGCAUGGGCUGCCGGUGCCUAUACAGACGAACAACCAGACGAUCUUCGUAUCCGUGCCUCGGCUCUGUCAAUCCUUGCCUCUGCGAUACAGACAAACAUCGUCGGUCUUGGACCUGUUAUCAUUUCCUCAGCCAUCGAGCUGGCCCUUGCCACCAUGACUCUCGAGCCUGAAGUCGAGAGUGCCAUCCUCCGUCGGGCAAGUGCCGUCCUCAUUCUGGAUACACUGAAAGCAUUGGAGUCCGUACGUGAAACACGUAGACACGAUAUUGGAUUUGGCUUCUCGCUCUAUGACCAGCCAUCUUCUAGUACCUCCAACACAGCUGUGGAGUCCAAUAUCGGCAAUAUUCCCACCAUGUUGCGCACCCUUGGCUUUGUCGAAAGUCGGGAGCAGGAUGGAAUCGCCCGUGGACAUCUCCGCGCGUUGAUUGAAAGUUUGGAGGCCUGGAUGGAGAAGUCUAUGAUGUGGGGUAUUGGUGCGAACGAUGACCAGGAAACAUCUUAUCCACGAUUUGGAUUGUCCGACAAGAUGGAGGGCUUACAACUCAACCCUCUGGGUGAUCAGGAUCGCGCAGGACGACCUCGGAUCGAGGAGAUCGAGUAA